AUGUCCGUCUUCUCUCUCAUCAAGAGGUCGCGGCAGCAGGCCAAGGAGCACAGCCAGAAGCAAGCCGACAAGGCCAAGGAGCCCCCCAAGCAGCCGUACCGCCAUGUGCCAACCCACGCCGCCGUUGACGCCCUUUCCGGGGCGCCGUCCAGCUGGAAGGCUGAAGAUCGACCCAGAAUUGCCGAGCAGAAUCGCAGGAGGAGUGCAAUGGCCAUGAGCGGCUUGACCAACAACAGGAUGCCUGGACCCAGCCUGCCUCGUGUUGGAAGCAGCCUCUCUCACGUCACGUAUCCCUCGGCCCACGCCAACCCGGCAGGAAACAUGCCCAGGGCCUACAGCUACAGCGGCGUGCCUGGCCCGAUGCCUUGGGAGCAGCGAACCCUCAAGAACGCCUCCGUCUACUCCGUCCCCGACACCGCCCGCAUCUCACUCAAGGGCAAGGAGGUGGAUAGGUCAUAUGAGUCCGGCCGGAACAGCCCGACGUCGAUCAAGGCCGGAUCCCCCGUGGGCAGCUCCAGCCAGUCGACCUCCUCCCAGGAAGACCUUGAGAUGAAGCCGUCAAGACACAUGUCCAUGCCGCCUCUUCCCACCGGCGCCGAAGGGCCUCGAAACCCUGCCAUCUCCAUCCACGCUCAUCGCCUUCACCCCAGCUCCCGUCGGGCUUCAGAUGCGUCAGAAAAGGGCGACACCUCACCCAAAAGCCUCCAGCCCCAGUCAUCGCCAACUGACAAGACGCGGCCGCCGCCGUCGAUGAGAGGCUUCAACGCCAUCCCGGCCAUGCCCUCCCUUCCGCCGAUGCAGUUUCAGCCUCCCGCCCAACCGGUCACGUCUUCGUCAGCGUCAACCCGCUCAUCGACCCACGGAUCCUUGUCCUCGUUCAACUUCAACAUUAGCAACGUGCCCUUCUCCGCGCCCAUGUCCGGCAGGUCGUCCGCAGCCACCACGCCGGCCGCCUGCGUGACCCCCGAACCCGUUUACGAGUCUGUCGAAGAGGAAGAGGAGAGCUCGUCAUACACCUACGCCCCGGCGACGACGGCCGCCCCUUCCGCUAUGAAGCAGAAGGACCGCCGGAACGCGUCAAAGUCAAAGGUCACCCGCUUCACCGAGCUGGAGACGAUCGACUCACACACCGAGCAGCCGCCGCGCGGCAGCAUCCCCAGCGUCCCGUACGAGGAAUCCCGCCAGGCGACGCCUCCCUACGUCUCCAACGACGCCAUCAACAAGGCCAUCGCCGUCGAGAUGGUGACAGCCGCCCCGGCCGAGGUCGUCUCCGCGCCAAAGUCGGGCAAGCGGCUGUCCAAGCAGCCCGGCUCGAAGCUGACCAAGAAAAACCGCUGGUCAACAAAGAGCUCGCCCGUUGCGGUUUAA